AUGGCGCUUCGGCAGCACAAGACAGCAACCACCCGUCGGAGGGCUGCAGUGCUACUAUUCUUCAGCUCAGUUAGCCUCUUCGUGCUUUUCAUCUGGAACCAUCUUGUUCUACCAGCCCCUAACCGGGACACCCCAACAUCGCUACUCCACCACCAACAACAUCUACAAACCCACGACAGGGAACAAGAGACUAAUAUCGACCUCUCAAGCGCACGAGCUCCCUUCAUCGCCUGGCCCCUCAAGCGUGUCUGCGCUGAGACAACAUAUGUCCCCGGCCUAACGUUUCUCUGCGACAACAAUAGCGGCGGACCAGGCAACAUCCGGAACUACAUCCUGACAUGUAUACGCUACGCAGUGGAUGCGGGCGCGUCCGCACUAGUCCUACCGCGCAUCCAGACCCGCUCGCCCUCCAACCCGGCCAACCUGUUCCACGAGUACCAGGAGUUCGGGUACAUGUUCGACGAGGCGCGUUUCCGGAGCGCCGUAGCCGAUGCGUGCCCGCGCAUCGCCGUGUACGCUCGCGUCGAAGACGUGCCCGGCGCGCGGGCCAAAGCGUCCAGGGCGAACCGGGCUAUCGACCAGAUCGUGGAGCGCGUCAUGCCCAAGACCUUCGGAGGCAGCCGCGCCGGGUGCGAUCAGCGGGAUCCGAACCGGCAUACGGAUCGGUUCGGGGGCGCGUUUCGGGAUUGGCUGCGGAGCUCGGCAGCAGAGCGCGGGUGGGCGCCAUCCAACGACGUCGAUAACCCGCGACUGAUCCGUUUUUCUUGGGGCGUGCUGUGGGACUGGCCUGUGUAUCGCGACGGGCCCGAGUUUGCGGCAACAUUCGGCGGGCUAUUGAAGAUCCGGGAUGAUAUCUUAGAUGUCGCAGAUGCGAUUGUGGCAUCGAUGAGGACGCUCGCCACCUCCACGCGAGGGACCGAGACCGUAGCAGGCCAAUCGUUUCUCGGAAUACAUCUGCGGACUGAGGCGGAUGCCCUAUCGCGGUGGCCGUCGUACGAGAACCAGACUAAGAAUUACUUGCGCGAGGCUGCGGGUCAGGGGUACCAAGGGCGAGCAGCGUACAUAGCCUCGGGCAAUGAGACAGAAACGAGGAAGUUUGGCGCAGAGGCCAUGGUGACCUUACAACUAGAGGUUAGGUCCAAGUACGACCUACUAGACGAGGGAGACGAGAAGCUAGAGAAGCUGAAGUCGUUCAGCUGGGACCAACAAGCGCUAGUAGAUUUUGUAGUGCUACUAAACUGCGACUACUUCGUCGGAGUAAGUCCGAGCAGCUUUAGUAUUAAUGUGGCGUUGAAGAGACACUUACAGGGUGAGGGUUUAUAUACACGGCCGUGGAAAGUUGGAGGGCAAGGUGAUGGAAGAAGUUGGCUCGUCGGACGCUAUGAUCGGUAUUGGGAGGAUUGGUUAUUUAUGUUUGAUGGCAUGUGGCCGUAA